AUGUGGCAGAAAAGGGUGUGGAGUUGAGUCCUCUGCACCAGUUCACAUGUGGCGCUCUGACAGGAGCCGCCAUGGUCGUGUUUCCUCCGGGGCCAGCCUGCUGUUGCUCUGCUCCGAGGGAAAACAGGUAAAAGAGAAGGAGACGGGUUCAACAGAGGAGUAACAGAGUGCUGCGGACUGAACUUAAAAAAACAAACAUUUAAAAUGAGGCUUUCAUUGGACUGGGCACCUUUUCUGGCUGUUGGGAUGUUUUUGACAGCAGGAGCGCUGGAGAUCAUUAACAAAGACACACCUGAACUCAUCUGUAGCCAGGGUUUAACUAACUGCAAUGUGAGCUCAGAUGUUCAGUUCUGUGAAAAGCUGCAUGAUCCGUACGGCUCGGUGUUCAUCGCACAGGUGCAGCUUACUGCCAGUCUUGUUGUCUCUGACAUCGCAGACGUGUAUGAGCCAUGUCUGCAAAUCCACAUCACUCUUCAAAGGAGUGGUCCCGAGGGCUCAGGUGACGAUGACGAAGAGGAAGAAGCUCUAGUGAAAGUGGGUCUCUCCUUCCCAAGUUCCAUAGAGGUUUGCAGAGCAGUCACGUUUAAUCUGCGCUACUCUGGUUUAAAUCAAGAAACCACACACAAGCUGCUGUUGACACGGAAAUUAGAAAAAUUGCGUUUUGGCUCAACUGUUGUGGUUACAACACAGUCAGCAAAGAGUGGGUUUAAAGUACAAAACAUCACACUUCCAGAUGAUGUUUGCCAUGAGAAGCUUGAUAGGAUUGUAACAAAAUGUAAUGUUCCCGUACUCCGUGCAAAAACUGAGGACGGUGAAGUCCGACUGCAACACGAAAGCAGCAGCUCCAAACAAGACAAGCUCUCUGGUCUGAUGGUCUGGGAUGGAGUAUGUUCAAAAGACUUACCAUGGCCCAGAAACACAAGUGAGAUUUCGGUUUCAUCAGAAUUUGUCGCACCUUGCUUGUGCUUCCAGGCAUGGUGGGGGGAAGGAGACAGGGUGGAGUAUUGUCCCUUCAGACAUCAUAAAGCUUUAUUUGAAAGAAUGCACCAGAACAUACACGUGACAAUGGAGGAGGUUCCGCUGAGGAGUGGCAGAGCAGGGCUGUCCUGGAGCAUAACUUCCACCUGCAAACUGAAGGGAGAGGUGCGGCUGUGCAAGAAAGAUCUGACGGGGAGCUGGUGUGAAGAAGUGAUCAACUCCACGCACAAACUGCAAGACAGCUGGACUAAAUCAAGCUGCAGACAUUUGUCUUCAUAUUUUCAGCAAACAGGAUUGUUCACUGUGCCACGCCAUCCUCUGCUUUGUGUGCAGGGGAAACUAGAAGGAAUGAAGGCGUUUUCAGAGCCCCAUUGUCCAUUUAUGACCUCUCGAGUUAGGUGGAUCCUACCGCUUCUCAUUGGAUUAAUGCUCACGUGUUUGGCUAUACUUGCAGCCUAUUUAAUACAAGGAAUCCUAAAAGGUUACGUUUGGAAGUGGUUGAAAGAAGACGAUGUUAAAGGUGCAGUGGGUGGCAGUCACGUGGUGCUGCUGUAUCCCUCUGAUGAGACUGAUAGGCGCCUGCCAGGGCUGCUGUGUCACCUGGGCUCGUCGCUUCAGUCCCUGGGCUUCACCGUCUCUCUGGACCUCUGGAGCCAGGCUGAGCUCAGCGCACUGGGCCCCAUGCCGUGGCUCCACUCACGACUGGACCAACUGCAAAGGCAGGGGGGUAAAGUGGUGCUGGUCCUGACCCAGGCCACCUGGAGGAGAGCUGAAGAAUGGGGCGCCUGCAGCUGUGAGCAGAAUGGAUUACAAAACGUAAACGCGGAGGGCCAGCUGGGGUGGGCCUACCCCCCACCUUCACGCCACAUGGAUGUUUUUGGUGCUUCGCUGAGCUGUAUCCUUGCAGACUACUUACAGGGCCGUGCCGGGGAGAGGUUCAUGUUGGUGCAGUUCGAAUCCCUCCCACCUGAGCCACCGGAUGGUUUCCGGCCUCUCCCACAGCUCUUCUGUGGACUUCACGUCUACAGCCUCCCGUCGCAGAGCUUGGGUUUUCUGACUGAGCUCGCUGGAACCAAGAAAGUGGCCUCUGCAUCAGCCAGGAGGAAACGAGCCGGAGGGCUCAGGAUGGCAUCCCGGGCUCUGGCACAGAAACUGUCAGGGUUCACCGCUGGCACUAAUGUCUUCAGACUUGCUGGGGUGUCUCAGGGUUGUGUGGGCGGGGGAGUGGAAGACUCUGGGGAAACUGUGCCCUUAAAAUCGUAUCUUAUAACACCCCCGUCCAGCCCAGAGCCUGACCCCACGGUUGGUGAAGUGGUGUGGAUCUGAAAGCUUCAGAGGGUAAAAGUCCAGUUAUGGGAUGAGCAGCUUGUGAUGACAAAAGUACCUCGAGUGAUGCAGUUUAGCUGUUUUCUCUACCCUGUAGGUGUGUGUGUGUGUGUGUGUGUGUGUGUGUGUGUGUGUGUGUGUGUGUGUGUCGUCACUGUGAUUUCACGUAUAUGUUUGUUUUGCAAUGGAGGGGGAAUCCUUUGACUGAACACACUUCAUUAGUUUAUUAAUGUGUGCAGGAUGUUGUUGUCUGCAGUGUUAAGCAGCUUUUUCAACAUUUUUCUUAUUCCCUCAAUUUUAAAGGCUCCAAAGCAAAUUGCAGAACAUAUUCAGCUUUUAUUGCAAGUCAGUUCAGGCCCUGAGUAUCUGAUUAGGUUACCCAAACAGAUCACUGCAUAGAAAUUUUUCACUCUUUAUUCUCAAUGAAAAACACAUUGGUGCAAGCUUUAAAGGACCUGAACUUCCUCUAGAUAUCAUUGCAUCUACUUCUUUUUGUGACAGAUAAAUAAAUAAGAAUGUUGUAAUGUCACUUUAGUAAAGUACUUUCAUAUUUCCAUCUAGCUCCAUUUAACCAGUAAUUGUGUGUUUGUUAU